AUGUUACCAACCAAAUAUCAAAAAAAUUCUGUCGAUUUCAAACGUCAAUAUGUAAGGAAGCAAUGUGGAAUAUAUGAUGAAAGUAAUGAGAAGGACGAUGACAACUACGAGAAUCAAGAUCCAGAGAACGUUGAAAGUGGAAAUGAGAAUCAAGCUAACAGGAAAGAUCGUUCAAAAAACGAACUAACGGCUAAUUCAGAAAUAGAACGAAUAAUAAAACUAUGGUUCUCAAACAGUUUUACAAAAUCACUUAGGGUAUUAUGGGGCACAAGUGGUUACCCGCAUUUAAUGUGUAUUUAUAAAAUUCUAACUGUGCGUGAUCGUCGACCCGGGAAUGGUAAGUAUGAUCUUCAAUCAACUGCUCGACAAACAUCAUCAUCAUCAGUAUCAGUCGACAUACACCCAAUAGAAUGUACCAUGGUGCUUAAUGCACAUGGAAAUAAUUCCACAAUCGAGCCAGCGGAAACAACGAUAGAUGAAUAG